AUGGCAGAAGGGAAGCUAGGAGUAACUGUCAUUGAGCACAAAAAUUUCAAUGAGUAUCCUACAUCGCUGCUGAAACUGCUUGAGGGGGCUGAGGGGGAGUACAUCACAAUUACCAAGGAUUAUCCAUUAACAGCAGCCAGGGCGUUCAGUACUCUGGCUAAUACCUUUAAGUUUGUUUACAUUUCAGGUGAAGGGGCCACAACAAAGCCAGGCAAAUUCACCCAACUUUUCGCAACCGUCAAAGGCGAAUGCGAACAAUCCCUAAUCGAAAUGGCACACAAAAUCCCAGCGUUCAAGCCCUAUUCUCUCCAGCCAGCUUUCGUCGAUUCAGUCUCUGAUGAAGCAGUGAAGCAAGCAACAGCCAACCGCCAACUUCCGCUGAGCUAUCGGGUUCUGGGUGCUUUUACCCCAUUGAUUAGGAAUUUUAUUCCGAGUAUAGUUUCACCGACUCAGGACAUUGGGUUGGCGGCGACGGUGUUGGCGAUGGGCGAUGGGAAGGGUCUGGAUGGUUCUGGUGUAUCGGAAGGUGGCCGCAUUCUGAGUAAUGAAGCUAUUCGAAGGAUUGCGAAGGAUGGGUUUACCUCAGGUUGAGGGUGAGAUUCAU